ACUGCACUAUCCACUAGACCACGCUAUCUCUCAUGCAUGCCAUCACCGUCCUGCCAUAUGAUUGUAAAUGGAAGGGGGCGGAGUUUCCAGGUAAGAGCCACUGCUUGUAGAUCCCAGUGUGGCUAACCCCAAGCAUUCAAACAAAUAAAAAUCACAAGCCCUGUCCCAAAAUAAUCAUGAGAUUGGCUUAAAAAUCAGGAGAUUUUAAACAAAUGUUUGGUUCCUUGUUUUUUGCCUCCUGGUUUCAAACCCUUUAGAGGUCGUGUUUUGUCGCUUUUUUUUUUUUCCUGCAACCACCAGGCCAGGAAACUUCCUUUCAUUCAAAAAUAAAAGCUGAGAUGCUGCGGACUCCAGGGAGUUAGGGCUUUCAGAAAUAUACCCCAGAGGCCGGCCACUCUGAGAUCCUUGCGACUGGCUGAGGCUCAUGCUGUUGGAGGGGAUGGGGUCAGAAGUCAGGACUGCAGAGGGGAAGAAAUAAUUAACGAGCGGAUCGGGUUAAACAUUAUUUGCUUUGCAGCGCUCUAGUUCGGGCCCCAUUAUAUGGACAUAGGCUAAAGAGACAGCCCCUGCCCCAGAGACCCUGAAAGGUGCCGUCUGGUUCUCUAAUGUCUGUGCAUUAGCCCACAGGAAGGAAAGGGUUACAUCCAGUUAACAGCAACCUGUUCUUUCUUUACAGCUGAGAGGUCCAAAGUCCUCUGACAUGAACAGCAAGAGAAACAGAAACGGCCAGGCUUUCCCGUGUAUCCCAGGGGAACAUGUCCUGGAAGAGGCAGCUCGCGUGAGGAAGAUCGUCCGCUCCAGGGAUGGCGAAGGAUCCAUCCUGGGCACGUUGUACUGCACCAACCUGAGAGUCGCCUUCGUGCCAGAGCCGGCCCCGGGUGACACGGUGGGGGCCCCUCGCUGUUCCACUUGCCUGCACAGUGAGCACGACGUGGCCCUGCCCUGCAUCGGGAGGCUGGUGGCAGUGAACAGCUUCACCAAGGCCAAGGUGCUGACCGCCAACUCUACCCUCAAGUUCAUCCCGGAGGAGCUGGUCCUCUACUGCCGGGACUUCCGGGUGCUGCGUUUCCGCUUCCGCGACAGCGGCUUGGAGCCCCGGGCCUGUCAGGUGACGCUGGCCAUUGUGCAGGCUCAGGAGAGCAGCAGCGCCAGCGCGGGGACGUGGUACGACAGUGGCGCUAUAAGGAACCUGGAGAACGCCUGGCUGAGCACGGAGGAGUCGUUGUCCCCCCCGACGCUGCUCUUCGAGAGGCCCUGCGACUGGGAGAAGGAGCUGAGGCGGCUCGGGGCUGCUGGCUGGAGGGUCAGCCCCGUGAAUGAGCGCUUCGAUAUGGCCACCAGCCUCCCCAAGUACCUCUGGGUCCCCGGCAGGCUCCUGGACAACGAGCUCAAGAGGGCCUUCGGCCACUUCAACGCGAGGCGCGUCCCGAGGCUGUGCUGGCAUCACCCGGGAGGCAGCGACCUGCUGAGAGCCGCCGGCUUUCACGCCGAUUCAGACCCCGAGAAGGAAGACGUGAGGUCUGUGGAAGCGCUGAUGCUCGCCGGCCACGCCCAGUGCGUGAUAGUGGAGACCGCCGCCGACCUGCCCAGCCCUGCAGAGAUCCAGCUCUCUUACCUCAAGCUUCGGGCCCUCUGCCUUCCUGACUCCUCUGUGGCCGAUGAGAAGUGGCUCUCUGCCCUGGAGGGGACACACUGGCUGGAGCACGUCAGAGCUUGUGUGAGGAAAGCGAGCGAGGUGGCUGCCCUGCUGGCAGAGAGGUCCCGCUCCAUCAUCCUGCAAGAGUCAGACGACCGGGAUCUGAACUGCCUGCUGGCCUCCCUCGUCCAGGUCCUGUCGGAUCCCCACGCCCGCACCCAGUCUGGGUUCCAGAGCCUGCUGCAGAAGGAGUGGGUGGUGGCAGGGCACCCCUUCCUCCAGCGCCUCAACCUCCUCCGGGACAACGACCGCGAGGAGUCUCCGGUGUUUCUGCUUUUCCUGGAUUGCGUGUGGCAGCUGCUCCAGCAGUUCCCAGCAUCCUUUGAGUUCACAGAGACCUACCUGGUGGCCCUCCAUGACAGCAGCUACAUACCCUUCUUCAGCACCUUCCUGUUUAACUGCCAGUGGGAGAGAGAUCGCAGGAAUCAGCACCGUGCCUCCAACCAGAUCUAUGCGCCCGUCAAUGGCUGGCGGGAACUCCCUCCCCUGGAGAUCCUGCAGAAGGGUGGCCGCCUGGCGAAGGAGAGAGGGGGCCCCUAUUUGCCCACCAUCUGGGACUGGGCGCUGCGCUACACCACCCAGCAGAGGGCGCAGUUCAGAAAUCCCGCCUAUGCCAGGGGCAGCGGCAGCACUACCGUUCCGAAUGGCAAAUCUGCCCCACUAGGGGGCGACAAGCUGGAAGCUGCCCCGUCUGGGAACGGGGCCGUGUACCUGUUUGCCAAGGGGGCCCUCUCGCCGCAGACCCACCUCUUCCCCUGGAAGAACGGCUCGCUUUCCAAAAAGGGCUGGUGGCGGGCUCAGUCCUCCGAGAGCCUCAGCGAACAGGACCGGUCCUUGAGGAGCAAACCCAGCGGCUGCCCCCUGCAGCCUGAGGGGCUGCUACUUCCUGCCUCUGCGGGCCCCCUGAUCCGGCUCUGGAGAAGGUGUUACCUGCGGGGGAGCCAGGAAGUUCAGCGCGGCCUCUUUGCCUCCACGCUCGCUGAGCUCGCGGAGGAGCUGGACCGGCUUCGAGAGCGACUGGGCGACUGACAGGCGAGGGAACCUGCUAGGGUGACUCACCGUGGCAUCCCCCUGAAGGCGAAACGCCCCGAAGACUGGACAGCCUCGCGUCCCUGCUGCCACGCUGGAGAUGGGAGCGCGCCCCAGGCAGAACCGGGUCUGUCCGCUGGGCCAGCGGACCAAGGGCGGAACCUGGGUUUUUAGGAAUGGCUUCAACAGACUUUGGGCCUUGCUGUCCCUCCUGACGCUGGGAGCUGCCCGUCCUUCUGUGGCUGCAGGAAAGGGAACCGGGCAACCCCGUCCGUCGAAAGGGCUCGCUCCCACUCAUGCAGCUCAGGGUGGUGGGUGCCCAGAUCGCCCUGGCUCCUCCUAAGUGCUACCUCCUCAAAAUCGGGCCCGACCCCAGAGCCCCCCC